AGCGAAUCAGAAACAAUGUCAUUUGGUUCGAGGUACACCAGCCCUACUUUGAAGAAACGAUCUAAAAAGAUAUAUGAAGAUGAUGGGAAUGAUGUUACACCAAAACCACUUAAAUUUGCUCAAAUAAAAGAAAGCAUUGGGAGUAAAAAGUCAAGUUGUUCAUUGGACAGUCAAGCAUCAAAGUCAGUAGAGGAUAAAGAUAGUCAAAAAUCAGAUGACAUCCUCAAUGUAGAUGCUAUUGCAGGCAUCUAUGCAGGUUACAAAAAAGAAAACAAGAAAUGCCAAAUCCUUGGGAAAAGUGAAGUUGUCCUAGUGGUGAGAGAGACUCAAACAACAUGGCUACUUGACAUCAAUGGCUAUGUUGAACAGCAAUUAGUCAGCGAUAAAGAAAGUGACGAUAUUCAACAACAGAUCGAUGAUUGUAUACAAAGACGACUAAAAAACAAAAGAGACUGUUUUAUUCAAACUGCGAAUUUUGUUUGCAAAAAGAAAGCAGUUCAGACCUCAGCCGUAGAGAGAAAGGAUAUCAACGUUUUUGCAUCUGAAUGGGAUUUAUAUGACAAUUCAAGGAAACUGCAACAAACCCCUGAUUCCGAAACCGGGCAAGACAAUGUGGAUGGAGAUGAGGAUGCAAGUGAAAGAACAUUUCCACAUUCUCAGUCUAGCGCUCAAAUUGAUGGGCGAGGUUUCAAUGAAAAUGAAGAUCAGGAAGAAGAAGAAGAAGUAGCAGAAGAAAAACGACUAAAUAGUUUGCCAGCUUUUGAUAAUGUUGUCUUAAUAACUGAACGUCUCCUUGCUUCCAACACAUACACAAAACAGCAAACGGAAUUCGCUGGAUUCGAUUCUCAAAAAGGAGGUUUGAGAUCUGGAAUUCACUAUCAUAUGAGUCUACUUUGGACUUUCACUCAUGAAGAAUUUGCAAACAUGACUGUCACAGCUAUUUCUUGGAACACAAGCAAUCAGAAUAUAGUAGCAGUGGGCUACGGAAAAUACUAUUUCAAAGAAAAUGUUGACGGUGCAGUGGGUUGUUGGAAUGUCAAGAACCCAGAUCGACCUGAAAGAUUAUUUAGGAUGAAAAGCGUUGUCACAACCCUAAGCUUUUCAAAAAAGAAGCCCAACUUACUUGCAGUGGGUUGCUACGCUGGAACGAUUACGGUUUUCGACAUAUCUUGCAGGACUGGAAAUCCUGUCAUUAUCAACAGGAAUGUUCGUGCAUCUGGUCCUGUAUGGGAUCUGCAAUGGUUUAUUUAUACAGACUUCGUGAAAGAGAUUGAAGAAAUUAUCUCAAUCGGGCAAACUGGUGAAGUUUGGAAAUGGAAUCAUGAGGAUGAACAUCAACAUUUCCAGCUGAUGACACUUCAAUACACGCCUCCCCGUUUAGAGCCAAUGGUUAAUAAGAAACUAGAUAGAACUGAAGGAGCAGUGAGCAUCAAUGUAAAAAAUAUGUGUGGACUCUCAAUAUCGGUUCAUCCUGGGAAGCCAAUGAUCUAUUAUGUAUCUACGUCAGAAGGAUCCAUUUUAAAGUGCGCUGUGAAUCACCCUGACCAGGCAAUCGACAUUUUCCCAGGACACACUGGUUCCGUAUAUGGUAUCAAACAUUCUCCUUUUAGUAACAGCAUAUUCCUUACUUACGGAUCUGAUUGGGUUGUAUAUUUAUGGGCUGAGAAUAUAAAUGAACCUCUCAUCAAAUUGCAAAGUAUAAAAGACAAGGCAUGCGUAGAAGGAGCGAAAUGGUCUCCUACCCAUUCAACAAUUCUGGCCAGUAUAAGUAACAACCAGCUAUCUCUAUGGGACCUAUCAAGAAAAAUAAUCGUUCCGAUGUUCGACAUAAAAGCUCCCACAAAGAAACAUCGCUCUCUAGAAUUUUCACCGUCUGGAAAAAAUAUUCUUGUUGGAGACAUGGAUGGGAAAGUAUUUGUUUAUAACUUGACAGACAUGCCUUUUCCUCCUUUUCUGCAGGUGAGUAAAUAUAAAUUAAUACACCGUGAGUAUAAGGUGAGUGAAUACAUCGUAAUAAUAAACAGAUAUAUCUGACAAUGGGUAGUUGACAAUUUAUAAUAACAGCACGUCACAUUGAUGAAUUAAUUCUAAAAUUAAUGCAUGCAUUAAUUUAUGCAUUUUCCGUGCAAUUCAUAAGCUUGUGUUGAAGAACAUUAAUCACCGUACUUCAACAAAAAUGCUAUGAAUUAUUAAAAUGUAUACAUAUUUUUUAUGCAAGCAUGAAUAAAGGACCAAGCCACACGAAGCGUUUUUUAGGCGAUUUCAGAUUAACUGAUAGGAUUGGCGUUCGGGAGUCAGCUGAUAAUCAGCCAAUCGAAGAGCUUCCUCCCCUGUCGACUCGUCUGAAAAAAACGCCUCCUGUGGCUUGGCCAUAAGGUAACAAAUUUUACCAAGAAUUCUGAAUUCGUAAAUUUCUAGAUUUAUCAGAUUUAGCAAAAUAUCAGGUUUAGAACUUGUUGAUGAUGUGGAAUAUU